AUGACUUGGUGUUUUCGUCUUCUUAUUUUCAUCAGUAUAACGUUCAUUUUGGUCAACAGCGAUAGAAUUAAACGCCAAGGAGGAGGGGGAGGAGGUGGUGGCGGAGGAGGAGGAGGAGGAGGAGGUGGUGGUGGUGGUGGUGGUAGAGGUAGUGGUGGAACCAGCAGUGGAGGUGGAGGAGGUUCAGCUGGAGCUAUCGUUGGAGGUCUAGUCGGCGGUGUGGUCGGACUUAUAUUGCUUUUCAUCUGCUGUUUGAUAAUAUGUUGUCCAUCCUUAAUUCCAUGUCUGAGAGGUCGGCCAUUACGAUCAAACAAUGCUUAUGUUAAUAGUGGAAGUGCUUGGGGAUAUGAUUCAAGUGAUUCCAUCUUUACAUCAGGUACAUUUGCAAGUUAUUAUUAUCAAUAUGGCAAGUAUCAUGGACCAUUUAAUAUGAAACUUGGAUUCUAUGCAACAGCUGACUAUGUUGUUCAUGGAGGAGGAAUAGAUGAUGUAGGCGCUUAUGUUAUAACGGGUAUUUAUUCACCAAGAACUCUUCGAAUGGGUUUGACAAAACAGUAUCAAUCUGGAACAGGAAAUCCACAAGAAAAUUUAGGUCAUAAAGUGACAAUUCAAGUAGAAUGGAAUUAUUAUGAUCAACAAUUUGAAGGUAAAUAUUAUCUUCGAACAAGACGGCAUAAAGAUGAAAAUUCAUUUAUAAUUCGAUAUGAAGGUGCAAGGUAUUAA